AUGGGGAGCGCGGCGGCUGGCCGAAGGGAUGCUGCGCUGAGGCUCUGCGUCUGGGCGCUGCUGGGCGCUCUCCUCACAGGGGGGCUCAUCGCGGGGCUGGCGCGCCUGGCACACGCCGCCUCCCGGAUGCGCAGUGACCUCAUCGUCCCGAGGCUGCGAUCCCGCUGCCACUUUGGUGCUUCCAUGGGAGCGGCUACGCGAGAAGAGCGAGCGAGGGGCUGCGAGUCACCCCCGCCCGGCCCGUCGAGGUGCGGCGGAGACUUCACGCAGCGGACCCCGCAGGAUCCGGCCUCCCCCCCGCCCCCCCCCCCAGGAGCAGCUCAGGGCCGUGUGCGUGUGGGGGAGGGGGCCCCAGGAGAGCACGAGGGCUGCAGCCCUCCUCCAAGUCCCGCCUGCGAACCACCGGCCGGUGGAAAGAGAGCUUCUGGCCCAGCCCACCUGCAGCCGCCAGCCGGGGCCCCCAAAGAAACGCCGGGAGCAGUUUCUGCCGACCAGCCCCAAAGUCUUCCCCGUCGGAUCAACGGAAUCCUGGGCGGUUCGGUGGUUCUCUCGGUGAACGUCCUGCCCGGUACCAAAGUGAGGGAGAUUGAGUGGAGCUUUCAGGCUGGGUCGGGUCCAGCGCUCCUGGUGGCUUUGGUUCGGGAUGGCAAAUUUGACCGCCCUGAUCCCAGUGACAGGUUCAAGGAGAGGAUUGAAAUGCUCAAUGAGACGCUGAGGAUCAGGGCCCUGGAGCUGAAUGACAGCGGCAUCUUUGGAGCGCGAGUGAAGAUCUUUCCAGCCCUUGUGGACGACCAGCUCUUCCAGCUCACAGUCUACGAGCCUGUUUUGACGCCCCGCAUACAGAGCCAGCUGUUAUCCAGCACGCCCAGCGGAUGCAAUGUGACCCUUCAGUGUCUCUCCCCUGGGAAGGACCGUGUGAACGUCACCUGGAGGAAAGGGAACCCGAUCCAAGACCUCAGCAGCACAGACAAAUACCAGGUCUCUCCUGACGGCAGGACCAUCCGGCUCUCUUUGCAGCCCAACUCUCUCAACACCACCUACUCCUGCAUGGCCAGCAACCCCAUCGAGCACAAAAUCGUCUCCUUCAAUCUGCAGAGGAUCUGCCAGAGCGGAGUGGACUCGUCCUUCUCCAAGUCCGGCUACAUGGUCUUGACCAUCGUCCUCUUGGUGCUAAGCCUCGGCGCUGCUUUUUGGUGCUGGCGGAUCAACAGCGAGAAGUCGGCUCAGGCAGCAACCGUCCCUACCGUCCAAGUGGAGGAGAGCCCUUCGGAGGCCCAGAACUCAGAGGUCCCAAAGAGGAGCCCCCCAGAAGUCCCUCGGUCUCCAGGAAAAUAAUGCCCAAAGAAGCCCCCAGAGAGAACCGCUCGUCACAACCGUUUCUGGCCAGAACCGAAGGAACUCAGACAAGAAGUCGCAAGAAGUCACUUAGGCCCUGG